AUGGAAGAGCAGCACCAUGACUUAUUGGUUGAAACUAGGAAUGACGGUGUCACGAAUGAGAACAUAGGUGGAAAUGAUAACUUUGGUAAAGAUGGUGUGAAUGUGUCUGAGGUGGGUAUGAUGUUCGAUGAUGAGAAAGAAAUGUUUGAGUUCCAUAAAAAAUAUGCUUAUGAAGUGGGUUUUCCAGUUAGGAAACGGAAUUCAAAAAAGGGGGAUGAUGGUGUUGUGCGAUAUGUAAUGUUUACUUGUAGUCGUGAGGGUAGAAGAAUUUAUGGUACAAGCAAUUCUUUGAAGCAGCAACCAACUAGUCAAAUUGAUUGUAAAGCAAGGAUCUCGGCAUCAUUACUGAGUAAUGGAAAAUGGAGACUUGAAGUGAACGAUAUUGCAGGAAUUCCGUUGCAUAAAAGCUAUAACUCCACAAUGGUGGAAGCAGGUGGUUAUGAGUCUAUGACAUUCAUCGAGAAAGAUUGUCGAAAUUAUAUUGAACAAGUACGACGAUUACGGCUCGGAGAAGGAGAUGCUGGUGCAAUACAAGCUUAUUUUGCUAAUAUGCAAGCACGGUGCUCAGGAGUUUACUUCAGUAUGGAUUUAGAUGAUGAGUCCCGGCUUAAGAAUGUAUUCUGGGCAGACAAUAGAUGUAGACAAGCGUAUAAAAAGUUUGGUGAUGUUGUCACAUUUGAUACGACAUACCUGACUAAUAAGUAUGACAUGCCGUUCACCCCGUUUUUUGGCAUCAAUCAUCACGGACAAUCAACACUGCUUGGUUGUAGCUUGAUAGCUAAUGAGGACACCGCUACAUUUGUGAGGUUAUUCCGGACAUGGUUGCAGUGCAUGCACGGUCAAGCACCAAAUAGAAUAAUUACUGAUCAAGAUAAGGCAAUGCAUAAUGCAAUUCAGAUUGUAUUUCCACAUACAAAGCACAGGUGGUGUUUGUGGCAUAUCUUGAAGAAGUUGCCUGAGAAGUUCGGGUAUCAUGAUGACAAGGCUUCGAUAUUUUCUACUAUACAUGGAUUAGUGUAUGAUUCGCAGACCCUUGAUGAGUUUGAAGAAGGUUGGAGAGCGAUGAUUGAUAGUUGGCGGGAUUUUUUGCAAACAGAAGCCGUUGGGUUCCAUGUUUUUUGA